AAGAAAAAAAGAAAAGACUCAUCGUCGACCCGGGCAUACCCGAGCCCUGGUAGGUUUGGCUCUCCUCCCUCGGGCGGCGGCGGCGGCGGCGGCGGCUGAAUCUCCUGCCACCGGAGUCCCUUCUCUUUACCGGCCGGUGGAUUGGCUCCACCCUCCCUCCCAAAUCCCCCGCCCCCGAUCUUCCUCCUCCUCCGCGCCCUACAUCGCCCCCGGCGCCUGAGCACACGGACGCCGUCCUCCUCCUCGCCUACGACGCCGCCGCCCCCUACCUCCUUCCUCCAACGCCGCCUACCGCCCUGCUUCACUUCCGACACCGCUGGCCCGCCCUGCUUCGCCUCCGAAUCCAAGUAUAGGGUCAGUGGCCCAGCUUCUGCAAAUGCUUCAAGGCAGCGGCAUCUCCAACCAGAAGACCUUGUAUGAAGUUCUAUCUGUGCCUGAAGAUGCUACAUAUGACGAGAUACGUGCAGCAUACAAGUGUGCUGCUUUAAACACACAUCCUGACAAAGCACAGGCGACUCUCGAACCAUCUGUGUCUACCGGCGAGCAACAUGGUUUUUUCAGUGUACAGAAGGCAUGGGAAACCCUACGCUACCCCAAAUGUCGAGCAGAGUAUGAUAAACAACUACAAUCGUCCAGACAGAGCCUUGAUGUCAUCGCAACCGAUAUCGAAAUCGAGGAUAUGAUCGUUGAAAGCUCUGGCGAUGGCGUUGAGCUAUUGUACGCCUGUAGAUGCGGCGAUUAUUUUUCGAUCACAGCCUGCGAACUUGGUGAAAUGGGAAUUUCGGUGAGUGAAGAUGGGGAAAUAGAAGCGCAGGCACCUGAUUCUUUACCAACGUCUGUUGUUCUGGGCUGUGGCUCAUGUUCUCUUAAAACAAGGCUGAUUAUAAAUAAAGCUUGAUUCGUUGUACUGAUUUGAACACCUUCUACCCUGCUCUUUUGAAGCACCUCCGAUCAUGGUCGACA